GGAGCAGGUACUUUCAUUGCCGUGAAAGCAAACAAUUCCUGCAUUCUUUUCUAUAUAUAAUUCCACCUCUUUUCAGUAAGACCACUAAAAAUCUCCUCUUUUUCCUCUCCCCGUUAAUCUAUUCCAGAAAAAAUGACUUUAGGCAAAUUUCUUUUCAUUUUCUUCCUGCUUCCUUAUUUUGAAUCCUUAGUUUAUUGUUUUCCCAUAAAAGAACAGAACGUUACCACACAAGCCCUGAUUUCCCAAGCUUGCUUUGAUGUUGAAAGCCCUGAAUCAUGCUUGAAUAACAUGCAUGCCGAGGUAGAAAUAGCUGGCUCUUCAAACCGUACUUCAGUCUUGAGUGCAGCUCUCAGGGCCAGCCUUAAUGAAGCUAUUCAAGCUAUUGACAUGAUCACAAAGUUCAACUCUCUGUCUAUCAGCUACCGCGAGCAAAUGGCGAUUGAAGAUUGCAAAGAACUCCUGGAUUUCUCAGUCUCAGAGCUGGCAUGGUCUCUCGGUGAGAUAAAGAAGAUUCGCGCCGGCGACAAAAACCUACACUAUCACGGCAACAUUAAAGCUUGGUUAAGUGCUGCACUCAGUAACCAAGACACCUGCCUCGAAGGCUUCGAGGGGACGGACCGGCGCCUUGAGAGCUUCAUCAGGGGAAGCCUGAGACAAGUAACACAGCUGAUAGGUAAUGUUCUUGCUAUGUACAGUGAACUUCAUAGCUUACCUUUGAAACCACCUCCAAGUACAGAGUUUCCAAAGUGGAUGACCGAGGGUGAUCAGGAGCUUCUGAAGGCAAAACCUGCUCAUAUGCAUGUAGAUGCCAUUGUUGCGGUGGAUGGUAGUGGACAUUACCAGACCAUUACAGAGGCAGUCUAUUAUGCUCCAAGUCACAGCAAUAGGAGGCAUAUUAUAUAUGUGAAGAAGGGAGUUUACAGAGAGAAUAUUGAUAUGAAGAAGAAAAAGACCAAUAUCAUGUUUGUAGGUGAUGGAAUUGGAGAGACUGUUGUGGAGGGUAAUCGCCAUUUCAUGCAAGGAUGGACUACCUUCCGUACUGCAACUGUCGCCGUAUCUGGGAAAGGAUUCAUAGCAAGGGACAUGACAUUCCGGAACACAGCCGGACCAGAAAACCAUCAAGCAGUGGCGCUUCGAGUUGACUCUGAUCAAUCUGCAUUCUACAGGUGCAGCAUGGAAGGCUAUCAGGACACCCUCUAUGCCCAUUCCCUCCGCCAGUUCUACCGCGAAUGUGAUGUCUACGGCACUAUAGACUUCAUUUUCGGCAAUGGAGCUGCCGUUCUCCAACACUGCAGGAUAUACACUAGAGUCCCCUUGCCACUACAGAAGGUCACCAUCACCGCCCAAGGCCGGAAAAGCCCGCAUCAGAGCACUGGCUUUUCGAUCCAAGAUAGCUUUGUGUUUGCCACUCAACCAACCUAUUUAGGGAGGCCAUGGAAGCAGUAUUCCAGGACUGUUUUUAUGAACACUUACAUGGGUGCAUUAGUGCAGCCAAGAGGGUGGCUCGAGUGGUAUGGUAACUUUGCCUUGAACACAUUAUGGUAUGGUGAGUACAGGAAUUAUGGGCCUGGGGCAAGCUUAUCCGGGCGGAUCAAAUGGCCGGGUUACCAUAUCAUGCGGGAUGCUUCCGCCGCCAGCUUCUUCACCGUCGGCCGCUUCAUCGAUGGCAUGUCCUGGUUGCCGGCAACUGGGAUCAAGUUCACUGCUGGUUUGAUCAAUUAAGUCAUCAUCCUACAGGUUGCUCUGUAUUAUCAUUAAGCCCAUUGUAGGGAUCCAUUAUGGGCCACCUCUGUACCAGGUUGGCCCAAACAGUAAGGUACUUCAUUUUGUAACUAACAUGGGCCUUAAGCCCAUUGCACCUUAUGCAAGUAUGUAACCCAUUCUUUAUUUAUUAUUAUUAGACGCAAAUAAUAAUAGACCUUUCUUUGCA